AUGUCUAGCCGCGGAAAACGAAUUGUGAGUAUGGCGCUGGAAGAUGAAACUGAUCAAAGUUACCUGGAAGACAAUAUGAUCAACGAGGCAUUAAACUUCGACAUCAUAUUUCAAAGCAGCUCAGGAAACAUAACUGAAAAUACAUCCAUCGAAUAUACGACCACCGAACAUGAAAUCAUGACCGAAGGCGCUAUCUAUCUUGAAGAAAUUCCUGACCCUGCUUUUCUGGAAUGUGAGCAACUAGAGGUACCAGAGGAUCUGACACAGAAUAAUGAGCGCAUUACCACAAAAAAACUUGUACCAUAUAGUAGCAGCUCAUCAGAAUCUGGAUGUGAAUCAGCAAUCGAUGAAUCUCCAAACCAAGAUCACCGUGAAUCAUCAGCAUCAUCUUCAUCUAGCAGUACAUCAUCUGAGACAUGGAAAAGGAAGAAAAGACCAAGUCGUAAGCUGAAAAAUAAAAAAAAGAAGGCUCAUGGCUUACAGUACAAAACCUACAAAGGAAUUACCCCCAAAGUACUACUACCAAAUCCAUGUUUUGGUAAAAAAUGCACAAAUAGUUGUAAUGAUUUCAGUCUUGAUGAAAGGCAUGCAUUAUUUGAUGCUUUCUGGGCAAUGGGUGAUGGAAAUCUUCAAAAAGCUUAUAUAAAUGGAUGCGUCAAGAUAGAUUAUGUUAAACGAAAACGAACUUUGGAGAUUACAUCAAGAAGAACGUUUACAUAUGAACAGUACCUCAUGAAGGGGAAUACUCAAGUUAAGGUAUGUCAACAAUUUUUUAUAGCUACGCUUGGAAUCACGCAAAGAAUUAUCAGGAAUGCAAUAUUAGGGAAAAUACAAGCUAUAACCGAUGGUAGAGGCAAGCAUAAUCCUAGACAUAGUAUUACAGCAUCUCAAAAAAUGUUUCUUGAACAGUUUAUCAAAGGACUACCAGCUGUACCGUCACAUUAUUGUAGGGGCUCAACUAAAAAGCUUUAUCUACCUUCUGAUAUAAAGACGUUUACUAACUUGUAUGAAAUGUACUCUCAUCAAAAUACUGAUAAAAUGAGCAUUUCUAGUUUUAAAAGAAUCAUAAAGAAAGAAUACAACAUAGGAAUACAUGUGCCAAAAAAAGAUAAAUGCAUUAAAUGCGAGCGUUACAGACAUUUACCAAGUAACUUAAAGAAUGGCAAAGAAGAACUCGACUUUCUAAGACAUAUUGAAAAAAAAGAAAGUGCGAAAAAAUAUUUUCUAGAAAAACAGAAAGACAACCAUGAUUCGGCUAAUUUGAUUGCUAGCUUUGACCUACAAAAAGUACUGACUACUCCUCAUGGCAAAAGUAUGUUGAUAGGAUUUUCGAGGAAAUAUGCUUGCUAUAACUUCACAAUUUAUGAAAGUGUCACUGCUAAUGCGUUUUGUUACUUUUGGGGCGAGAAAGAUGGAAGAAGGGGUGCGAAUGAAAUAUGUUCUCAUCUUUUUGACUACCUGUUACAUUUGGAUCAGAAAGAAGAAAAAACAAGCGUGCACUUAUUUUGUGACAACUGUCCCGGACAAAAUAAAAACAGGUAUAUGAUUUGUAUGUUGGCGUACUUCAUAAGUAUCUCAAAAUCUAUAAGGAAACUGACAAUAACAUACUUAGUCUCAGGUCACACGUACAUGCCAGUAGAUAGUAUGCAUGCUACUAUCGAAAGAAAAUCGAAAAAUUUGUUUAUACAGGCUCCAUCAGAAUGGCCAACGAUACUCCGCAAUGCCAGAACUAAACCGAAACCAUACAACGUGAAGGUUACCAAUUAUUAUUCUAUAAUAGACUGGAAUCGCAUUAGUUCACAAAAAAGACUGAAAGAUGCACAAGGGAACGACAUAACAAUUUCUGACGUUGCCGAGAUGAUAUUUGAUAAAGACAAUACCUAUGUAAAAAUAAAAACAACGUAUGAGAACCAAGCACACGUUGACCUACUGUUCCCGACAAAGACUGUGAAAAAUCUGCCUAAAGCUUAUCAUUCUGAACUACCGAUAAACAAAAAGAAAUAUGAUAACCUAAUUGAACUUUGUAAAGCUUUCACAAUUGAUGUACAAUAUCAUUCUGAGUAUUACUCUUUGAAAGGGCAUAAUAGUGUGGCAGACACGCUGCCUGAAACUGAUAUCGAAGAAUGUAAUGAUGAAACUGAAGACUGA